AUGACGGUCAACGUUGUGAGACGGAAGUUGGUAAUCAUAGGGGAUGGGGCAUGCGGCAAGACGUCGUUACUACAUGUGUUCACGCUGGGGAAGUUCCCUGAGGAAUAUCUGCCCACGGUUUUCGAGAACUACGUUACGGAUUGCCGUGUAGACGGCAUAAAAGUGCAGUUGGCGCUAUGGGAUACUGCUGGUCAGGAAGAAUACGAGCGUCUGCGCCCCAUGUCCUACUCGAAGGCGGACAUCAUAUUAAUCGGGUUUGCCAUAGACGACCCGGGGUCGUUGUCCAAUGCGCGGGAGAAGUGGACGGUCGAGGCGCUGCGCUACUGUCCCAACGCCCCGAUCAUCCUCGUGGGGCUCAAAAAGGACCUUCGCCGCCCCGGGACGCAGUGCGCGAUGGUAGCGCCUUCGCAGGCACAAGAGGUGGUGCGCGCCAUCGGCGCAAAGAAAUACAUGGAGUGCAGCGCACUUACGGGGGAGGGCGUGGACGAUGUGUUCGAGCUGGCCACGAGAACAAGUCUUCUGGUGAACAAGGAGCCGGGUCAAGGCUGUUGCAUUAUCUCAUGA